AUGGCAGCUAUCAAGAACACAUAUGGCAAACAGGAUUAUAAAAAAACCAAACCUAUUUUACGAGCAACCAAAUUAAAAGCAGAAGCAAAGAAAACAGCAAUAGGCAUAAAGGAAGUUGGCCUUGUACUUGCAGCUAUAUUGGCCCUCCUGCUGGCUUUCUAUGCUUUCUUUUAUCUCAGACUGUCCACGGAUGUUGAACCUGAUCUGGACCCAGAUGAAGAUUAGUUGAGCAGCAAUCAAUAUUUGAAAGGGAAAUAAUUUUAUAAAAGCACCUAUUGGGACCAAUACUUUCUGAAGUACUGAAACUACAACAUCUUCAAUAUUUUCUUUUGGUACUUUCAGUUUGCAGAGAUAUCUUUUUAAAUACUUGUAUAGGAUAUCAAGAAAGAACCUUAUGUAGCAAUGUGGUAUAAUGUAGGCUACCAGAUACAUUUAUAAAUCUGUCAACUUUGACAGGCACCCUAUACACAUUGUAUUUAUAUAAAAUGGAUAACAUCCAAAAGUUUUCAGAUGUCUUACCUAACUUACAUGUAUAACUCCAUCACUUACAGAUUAUUAAAUCUGUUUAUGUUCUGUAUACAUCAUAGGUAAAAGUAUAUAUCCUCAUUUCCAGAAACAUACUCAAAUCAUAUUCAGAACCUAGGAAAGAUGGAGAAGUCAUGGGAAAUAUUUCUUUUACAAAGAAAUCCUGCUUUCUUUCCAGACAUAUUUUAUAUCAUUAGAGAGACUAUCUGCACAUACAUCUACAGUAAUCUUUUUCCUUCUUUGCCAACUGUUCAGUGCACAUGUGCUCCGUCAGAAAUGGCACCUGGAUGACAGAAGCUCAAAGAGUCACAUAUGUCUCUAAAAUAGAGUUCCUUCCCUCUUGGGCUGCCUGAACUGGUGUAAAUAGAAAGUUCGGUUGAUCUUGAUUUUAAUUAACUUAUUACUCUAUUAAUACAAACUUGGAAUUCUAUUUUAAUUAUGUUGUUCUUGCUGCCUGCAGUAUCAGUUUGCCCUUCUUGUUAGGGAGAUAUGUAACAAUCUGUCAUUUAAUUGUGCAGUCUUUUUCACAGUGCAGAAUAGCAGAAGUCUUACCUAUUCAGAAUGAUUUUCUUGGGUUGUCUCCUAAAUCUGAACAAUACAAAGUUGUUUUACAAAAUUACAUUUUAUUUCUUAAGAGUUAAUCAAUUAGAAUUCUUUAGGGGAAAUAAUAGAAGAAAAUAUAUGCCUCAUAUUACUCUCAUAUGUAGUUUUCUUUUUAUAUGAUCUUUCAAAUGCCUUUACAUUUUUGGAGCAUAAUGCCUAGUAUAUUCAAAAUUUUUUUGAUAAUCAAAUUUUACUACAUUUUAAAAGGACACAAAACAUAAAGCUUAAAACAAUUGGAAAUUAUCUGUCCAUAGAAGACUUGUUAAUUACCUUAUAUAAAGAUACAUAGAAAAUAGAUAUUUCGAGAUAUCUGCGUAAUGUGAUUCAUAGUGUUCACAUAUGAAGAAUAAAUACAAUAUUCAGAUUGUUUUAAUACUGGUCAGGUGACAAAAGUUUUGAUAAGUACCCUAGAAGUAUUAUGGCUUUAUAAGCAGUUUCUUUAAAAAAAAAUCUUUGGUACUUUUGCAAAAAGUUGAAUAUGACAGUGUAACGUUAUGCUCUGUAGAAUUUUUUGAAGUAGCAUAAUUUAUUUCAUCAGUGUGAAAACAGCCAAAGGUUCCAAUAUCCUCACAGAUUAUUUAUGCCAAACAUCUGAGGACAAAAUUUAGCCAGUGUUAUUUACUGGAUUCUUCUCUUGAACUCACAAACUCAAGAGACAGACCAAGAGUUCUUAUAUCCUCACCACAGUGGACCAAUCCAAGUGGCAUUUUUAGGAAAGGUUGCAGCAUUUUGUGCCAUGUGGUAUGUCUGUUCGCAAAGUGGGAGGCAAGGGAAUAUCCAAGCUGGCAUUUUGGAUAUGAUGGGCCUUUUACUUUCCUGAGUGACAUGCCACAUGUCAAGAAAUACUGCUUUCCUCCACUCCCAUCACAUUUACGUGAACAAUUUUCAUUUAGUUAUUUCCCUCCCAUAUGGUGUUAAAAACAGUCAUAUUAAAUAAAGAUUAUUCCUGGUUUUCAGUUUUAAUUUAAAUGAGAAGAUAUGUAAUAAUUGCUUAUUAGAUACCUAUCCAAGUGAGAUAUUAACUGAGUUUACAGUAUUUAAAAUAGACAAUUAUGUUCUUGGAAAUGUUUGAAAUUUUUUUCAUUUUGAGCAAAACUUUAUCAUUCUGUUGUAUUCAUGAGGUUCUUUUUGGGGAAAAUGAUAGUAAUAAAUAUUAACCUAAAUACAGUGUAAAUAUAGACAAAUUUCAUGACCUAGUUUUAUUGAUAUCCUAAGUCCAAAGCUAGUACAUUUGUAUGACUGAUUGAUUUAUGAUGGCCUCAGAAAACCAUAAAUCCGAAAGGUUAAAAGCUUUGAUUUCAGCAAAUAGCAGGUAACAUGAGAUGACAUAUGUUUACACAACAGUUUUUGUGAAAUACAAAUUUUGUGAACUCACAUUACCUGGGAAGCAGCCAAUAUUGUGAAGAGAAAUCCCAGAUUGAAAGUCUGGUUUGAAUCUUUGAAGACAGAAAGGUGAUAUCUUUUACUGUUUCAGGGGAUUGCACUUUUGAAUAGUGAGUGGCAUUUGGCAUACAUCUGAGACUAGCAUCAAACAAAUUUUAGACAUGGCUAUUUUGCCUGCAAUAAUUUACUGCUUAGAAUAAUUCAGAAGACAAAAGCAGAAAAAAAUUAUAAUGACUUUUCAGAAUGUUCAAAUCUAUUUAUUAACAUACUGUGCAGAAUAGAUUUCCAAAUAAUCAGGAAACUUAAAAUACAGCGUAUAAAAUACUGUGAAUGAAGUAUGAAGAGUUGCUGGUUCUUGUUUUGCAUGGAAAUUUAGACUAGGGUAAAGAAUGUAUAAAUUAUCUGAGGGGAAAUAUUGUAAAAAUCUAACCUCAUCUAGUAUUUCUUUUAAAACCAACUAUUUCAGUAAAAAUAUAGGAUUGGUGAUUGUUUUAAGGGAGCAAAAUAUAUAAAGAGUAUCUCUUAUCAGUUUUUCAAAAAGACAGAAGAAAUGUUCUCACCCCAACUAAUGAUUGUAAGAUCUGAAAGUAUCUUCUUAUUCAUUUCUGUCUAAUCGCAUAAUAAUCGGCACAUAAAUUUAAUAAAUGCAUGUUAAUAUUUAAGUUAAUGUAUUUUAGUUCUCUCAGUCUAUAUUUCUUGAUGUAUAGAUGAUCAAAAAUUCUUUGAGUUUAAUAAAUAAAAUUUAAACAUAAUAUUGAUCAAUAGCAUUUAGCAUUUAUGAACUGGUUGUAUUGGGAUACAUAUAUUUAUAUCUAUAAAUAUAGAUGUUGGUAUUUUUCAUUCUGAUUCUCUUGAAAAUUAAGACAACUAGUCUUAAGGUUGCUAUAAAAUAGAAGCAUUGGCUUUUCUAGUAAAUCAAGUAUGCAUAUUUGUUUUAAAAAUGCUCAAUAUUUGAAUUCAACUUAGCAUGCGUCUUCCC